AGCCGCCCCUUCCGCCGCGGACACGGGAGAGUUAAGCCAACAAACACGUAAGCGCCGCUCCCUCCCCAAUCGGCAAGAUGCCUCUUCUGCUCUCGGCUGCACCGACAGCUUGCAACACUCGGCAUCGUUUCUGGAGGCGCCUUCUUCAGCGGCUGCAGAUGGCAUCGGGCUUCGGGCUCCGGGCUCGCCAUUGAAUCUCGUCCUUGUCCACCUUGGUCCACAGACGCGCCUCUUCCUUCUCUACCUCCCUCGCGCUCCGGGUGUGCACCCAGCUCGGGAUCUCUGGGCGGAGAAAGCAGUCGCGGCGGCCCAGGCUGAGCAGCUGCGCGCGCUCCCAGCUCCGGGGAGCAGCGUCCACCCGCGAGGACCGACUCCUGGGUGCCUCCAGCGACCCCCACCUUUGGCACCCCAAGCCGGGGGCUCCAGGGACCCCCACCCUCCCCAGGCGCCACCAUGCUGGACCCUUCGUCCAGCGAAGAGGAGUCAGAUGAGAUCGUGGAGGAGGAAAGCGGCAAGGAGGUGCUAGGCUCGGCCGCGUCCGGCGCGCGCCUGUCCCCCAGCCGCACCAGCGAGGGCCCGGCCGGCGGCGCGGGGCUGGGCAGCGGCGUCGCCGGCGCUGGGACCGGGGUGGGCGCCGGCGGCGGCGGGGGAAGCGGUGCGAGCAGCGGCGGCGGGGCCGGGGGGCUACAGCCCGGUAGCCGGGGCGGCAGCGGGCGGCCCUCCAGCCCCAGCCCGUCGGUAGUGAGCGAGAAGGAGAAGGAAGAGUUGGAGCGGCUGCAGAAGGAGGAAGAGGAGAGGAAGAAGCGGCUGCAGCUCUAUGUGUUCGUGAUGCGCUGCAUUGCCUAUCCCUUCAACGCCAAGCAGCCCACCGACAUGGCCCGGAGGCAGCAGAAGAUCAGCAAACAGCAGCUGCAGACAGUCAAGGACCGGUUUCAGGCCUUUCUCAAUGGGGAAACCCAGAUUGUGGCUGACGAGGCCUUCAUGAACGCUGUCCAGAGUUACUAUGAGGUCUUCCUGAAGAGCGACCGCGUGGCCCGCAUGGUGCAGAGCGGGGGCUGCUCCGCCAACGACUCGCGGGAGGUCUUCAAGAAGCACAUCGAGAAGCGGGUGCGCAGCCUGCCCGAGAUCGACGGCCUCAGCAAGGAGACCGUGCUGAGCUCCUGGAUGGCCAAGUUCGACGCCAUCUACCGUGGCGAGGAGGAUCCCCGCAAGCAGCAGGCCCGGAUGACAGCCAGUGCAGCCUCCGAGCUGAUUCUGAGCAAGGAGCAGCUCUAUGAGAUGUUCCAGAACAUUCUUGGGAUCAAGAAAUUCGAGCACCAGCUCCUGUACAACGCAUGUCAGCUGGACAACCCAGAUGAGCAGGCGGCCCAGAUCAGACGGGAGCUGGAUGGACGUCUCCAAAUGGCAGACCAAAUAGCCAGGGAACGGAAAUUUCCCAAGUUUGUAUCCAAGGAAAUGGAAAACAUGUACAUCGAGGAGCUGAAGUCCUCUGUCAACCUGCUCAUGGCCAACUUGGAGAGCAUGCCUGUAUCCAAAGGCGGAGAGUUCAAGCUGCAGAAACUGAAACGCAGCCAUAAUGCCUCCAUCAUUGACAUGGGAGAGGAGAGUGAGAACCAGCUCUCCAAGUCAGACGUUGUGCUGUCUUUCUCUUUGGAGGUGGUGAUCAUGGAGGUCCAAGGUCUUAAAUCCUUGGCCCCAAAUCGCAUCGUGUAUUGCACAAUGGAGGUGGAAGGAGGAGAGAAACUGCAAACAGACCAGGCUGAGGCUUCCAAGCCAACAUGGGGCACCCAGGGUGACUUCUCCACUACCCAUGCACUUCCUGCUGUGAAGGUGAAGCUAUUCACAGAAAGUACAGGUGUCCUGGCCUUGGAGGACAAGGAGCUGGGGCGGGUUAUUCUCCAUCCCACCCCAAAUAGCCCCAAACAAUCCGAAUGGCACAAAAUGACAGUUUCCAAAAACUGCCCAGAUCAGGAUCUCAAAAUCAAACUUGCUGUUCGAAUGGAUAAGCCUCAAAACAUGAAGCAUUCUGGGUAUUUAUGGGCCAUCGGUAAGAACGUGUGGAAGAGAUGGAAGAAAAGGUUUUUUGUGUUGGUGCAGGUCAGUCAGUACACAUUUGCCAUGUGCAGUUACCGAGAGAAGAAGGCGGAGCCUCAGGAGCUGCUGCAACUGGACGGGUACACUGUGGACUACACUGAUCCCCAGCCAGGUCUGGAGGGGGGGCGCGCCUUCUUCAACGCAGUCAAAGAAGGAGACACGGUGAUAUUCGCCAGUGAUGACGAGCAGGACCGCAUCCUAUGGGUCCAAGCCAUGUACCGGGCCACGGGGCAGUCACACAAGCCCGUGCCCCCCACCCAGGUCCAGAAGCUCAAUGCCAAGGGAGGGAACGUGCCUCAGCUGGAUGCCCCCAUCUCACAAUUCUACGCAGAUAGAGCUCAAAAGCAUGGCAUGGAUGAAUUUAUCUCUUCCAACCCCUGUAACUUUGACCACGCUUCCCUUUUUGAGAUGGUACAGCGCCUUACUUUGGAUCACAGACUUAAUGAUUCCUAUUCUUGCCUGGGCUGGUUCAGUCCUGGCCAGGUGUUUGUAUUAGAUGAAUACUGUGCCCGCAACGGAGUCCGAGGGUGUCACCGACAUCUCUGCUACCUCAGAGACUUGCUGGAACGGGCAGAGAAUGGUGCCAUGAUUGACCCCACCCUUCUCCACUACAGCUUUGCCUUCUGCGCAUCCCAUGUCCACGGCAACAGGCCUGAUGGAAUUGGGACUGUGACUAUUGAAGAGAAGGAACGUUUUGAAGAAAUCAAAGAGAGACUCCGAGUUCUGUUGGAAAAUCAGAUUACGCAUUUUAGGUAUUGCUUUCCAUUUGGUCGACCUGAAGGUGCAUUGAAAGCUACCCUCUCUCUCUUGGAAAGGGUUUUGAUGAAGGAUAUUGUUACCCCAGUGCCACAAGAGGAGGUAAAAACAGUCAUCCGUAAAUGUUUAGAACAAGCUGCUCUAGUCAACUAUUCUCGUCUCUCUGAGUAUGCCAAAAUCGAAGGGAAAAAGAGAGAAAUGUAUGAGCAUCCUGUCUUCUGCUUGGCCUCCCAAGUGAUGGAUUUAACCAUUCCUCCCUCUCCACCUGGGCCUCCUCCUCCACCCACCCAAACGCAGAUGAGCGCAUUAUAUCAGAGGCUCAAAGGCAUGCCUAGGCCGAAAUCAAAAAAUGUAGGCCGGUUAAUCACUCCUGCCAAAAAGCUCGAAGAUACAAUACGUCUUGCUGAACUAGUCAUUGAAGUUCUUCAGCAGAAUGAGGAGCACCAUGCAGAGCCACAUGUUGAUAAAGGAGAAGCCUUUGCGUGGUGGUCAGACUUAAUGGUGGAGCAUGCAGAGACGUUCCUGUCACUGUUUGCGGUGGACAUGGAUGCAGCCUUAGAGGUGCAGCCUCCCGACACGUGGGACAGUUUUCCAGUGUUUCAGCUGCUGAAUGAUUUUCUCCGUACCGACUAUAAUUUGCGCAAUGGAAAAUUUCACAAACACCUGCAAGACCUGUUUGCUCCACUUGUUGUUAGAUAUGUGGAUUUGAUGGAGUCCUCAAUUGCACAAUCCAUUCACAGGGGCUUUGAGCGGGAGUCAUGGGAACCAGUCAAGAGUUUAACCAGUAACCUACCCAAUGUGAACCUACCCAAUGUGAACCUUCCCAAAGUACCAAAUCUACCAGUUAACAUCCCUCUAGGCAUCCCACAAAUGCCUACUUUUUCGGCACCGUCAUGGAUGGCUGCUAUAUAUGAUGCUGAUAAUGGAUCAGGCACCUCAGAAGACCUGUUCUGGAAACUUGAUGCCCUUCAGACCUUCAUUCGGGACUUGCACUGGCCAGAAGAAGAAUUUGGAAAGCACCUGGAACAACGGCUGAAGUUGAUGGCAAGUGACAUGAUUGAAUCUUGUGUCAAAAGAACCAGGAUUGCAUUUGAAGUUAAGCUGCAAAAAACCAGUCGAUCAACAGAUUUUCGAGUCCCACAGUCAAUAUGCACCAUGUUUAAUGUUAUGGUUGAUGCCAAAGCUCAAUCAACAAAACUUUGCAGCAUGGAAAUGGGCCAAGAGCAUCAAUACCACUCAAAAAUAGACGAGCUAAUUGAAGAAACUGUUAAAGAAAUGAUAACACUCUUGGUUGCAAAGUUCAUUACUAUCUUGGAAGGAGUACUGGCAAAAUUAUCCAGAUACGACGAAGGGACUUUGUUUUCUUCUUUUCUGUCAUUUACCGUGAAGGCCGCAUCCAAAUACGUGGAUGUACCUAAACCCGGGAUGGAUGUGGCCGACGCCUACGUGACUUUCGUCCGCCACUCUCAGGAUGUCCUGCGUGAUAAGGUCAAUGAGGAGAUGUAUAUAGAAAGGUUAUUUGAUCAAUGGUACAACAGCUCCAUGAAUGUCAUCUGUACCUGGUUGACGGACCGGAUGGACUUACAGCUUCACAUAUAUCAGUUGAAAACACUAAUUAGGAUGGUUAAGAAAACCUACAGAGAUUUCCGAUUGCAAGGGGUCCUGGAUUCCACCCUCAACAGCAAGACCUAUGAGACCAUCCGGAACCGGCUCACAGUGGAAGAGGCCACAGCGUCUGUGAGCGAGGGUGGGGGCCUGCAGGGCAUCAGCAUGAAGGACAGCGACGAGGAGGAUGAGGAAGAUGAUUAGACCACUCGGGCCCUGGAGUCCACCGGGACAGAGUCCUGUAAUCAGUGCAUGUCCUUAGUCUGUUAGUUAACCCCACUAGGGAAUUUUCUGUCAACUAUCAUGCCCAUGAGAUGUUUACCAGUACAAUUGCCAUUUUAGCUAUAUGGUAUCAAGAUUAGCAAAUGACCUUCAGAUCUACUGAUUCUCUUAUUUCCAUGUCUGUAUGUUUACAAGCAAUAUGGAGCACCAUUCUUUAAAUGCCGUUCAUGGAGAACACAUAGCCCAGCUCUUAGGCCUGUCUGCAUUCUUGGCAAAGUAUAAUGAUGCUUCAUACUCAGUGCUGUGUGUGUGUGUGUCGGUGGAACAUGGGUAUAAGGGUGAGAAUGCUGAGUACUUUAACUUCUUUGUUCAUGUAUGUGGAUGCCAGUUAUUUUAAUGAGAAAAUAAAUUAAUUUAAUGAAGCACAUAGAUCUGCUCUGUUUUUAUUGGAAAAAUCAAAGGCAAGGCUCUAACAGCCAACUUUUGGUUCUUUCUGUUCCCCUAAAACCAAAAAAGAAUUUAGACUCCCAUGUCUGUGUUAGUCCAUCUUUUCAUUUAUGUUGUAACCAAAAAAAAAACCGACACACCAAUGGAUUGAUUCUAUUUGCUGGGGCACGGAGGCUGUUCCAUCAUGAUUAGCACCAAGCAUAGUGCAGAGGAACUGUCUCCUGUCAAAGUUUAUCCUAUUAAAUGUUACAUUCUGCUUUUAUGUUUCAAUAACUCUGUGUAUUAAAAAAUCUGAAUAUUUAAAUUACAACCCUAGAAUAUAAAUGUGUUUAUAAGAAGAUAAAGAUAUUUCCUUCCGUAGAUUAUAUCUGUAAUUUAAAGUAUUUUGUUCCACACUGUUUUUUAUAGCCAUCACGUACCUUGCAUUUGAUGUGUGACUGUGCGACCCGAGGGCUCGAUGCGGAGCGCCUUCUGUCUGUGUAAAGUAGUGGAUCCAUCUUGCUUUUUGCCUUAUACAAAGCCUACAGUUACGAGAGUGUGGGAAACUGUGGCUUCUCAAUAAAUACUUAUUCAAAUGUCGUAAGAA